UCACCUGCUGAAUGCUAAUGCUAAAUGCUAAAGCUAAAUGCUAAAACUAAUUUGACAUCAUCUGUGUCUGGUCAACAUGGCUCCGUUUCCGGACGAGGUGGACGUUUUCACUGGCCCGCACUGGCGAAUGAAGCAGUUAGUGGGGCUGUAUUCUGAGAAGCUGUCGGAGACCAACUUCUCCAACAUCAGCGACUUCCGCUCCUUCCUGAACUCGCUGCUGGCCACCUUCAAGGAGUUCAAGAUGCACGAGCAGAUCGAGAACGAAUGCAUCAUCGGGUUGCUGGAGCAACGCUGCUGCACCGUCUACAACAUGCACUCCGACAACAAACUCUCCGACAUGCUGCUGCUGCUGGAGAAGGGCUUGCACAGUGUCAAGAGCGAAUGCGAGCAGCUCAACUACGCCCAGCAGCUGAAGGAGCGACUGGAGGCCUUCACUCGGGACUUCCUGCCCCACAUGAAGGAGGAGGAAGAGGUGUUCCAGCCCAUGCUCAUGCAGCACUUCACCUACGAGGAGCUGAAGGCCAUCAAGAAGCAGGUGAUGGCGCAGCACCGCAGUCAGCAGGCGCGGGAUUGCGCCGCCGCCGCCGACGUCGACGUCCUCAAAGGCUUCGGCCUGUGGAGUCGCGCCGAGGAGCUCCAGAAGGCCUUCAAAUACGCCGACCACGAGAAGACCCACUACGAGGCGGAGCACGACGGAACCCGCUCGGCGCACAUCUCGCAGCUCCCGGCCGAGAUCGUCUUGAGGCUCUUCGGCUAUUUGAGCCCUCCGGACCUUUGCCGCUGCAGUCAGGUGUGCGCCUCCUGGUCCGAGCUGGCCAAGACCGGUUCUCUGUGGAGGCACCUCUACCCUGUACGCUGGGCCAGAGGCGACUACUACAACGGGCCGCCCGGAGAUUUGGACCAGGAGCCCGAUGACGGCUGGCUGAAGAGUCGCCAGAACGAAGUGCGAGCGUACCAGGAGUGGGACGAGGAUGCCGACGUCGAUGAAUCUGACGAUUGCGGCAACGACGGCGACGCGUCUGCCAUCGGCGCGGCCCGGCGUGAGAAGAGGAUCCUCAACGGGAUCGUCCAGAACCUCCUCCCCGUCGUGGGCCCGGCCGUCAAGUCGCUGGUGCUGGCCUACGGCACCACCGUCUCCAGUAAAAUGGUGCGGCAGAUCCUCAGUCUGUGUCGCAACCUGGCACACGUGGACCUGACCCAGACCGACGUCACCGAUUACGCCUUUGACAGCUGGUCCUUCGUGGGCGCUUGCUCCUCUCUGGAGCAUCUGGACCUGUCCGGUUGCGAGCAGCUGACGGACCAAUCCCUGAAAAGACUCUCUUUGGGGCUGGGGGACCUCAGCCCCCCGUGGAAGUCGCACCGCCGCAGGCGCCGGGCCGUCAUCUGGAAACGAGGGGACGCCGCCCGGCGGGGGUCCGCGUCGUCGCCGGCCGACAUCGAGGACUCCGCCGAGUGGACGCGGCGAGGCCGCGAAGAGGCGGAGGAGGAACGUUUUGUCCAGACUCAGCUGGCGGGGAGCCUGUGCUGCUGCAGGCGGGGCCGCGGGACCGCCCGUGCCGCCGCCGCCGCCGCCAUUUUGCACUACGCCGUGUCCGCGGACAGGUUUUGCGCUCAGGCCGCCUGCUGCGCGGCCGACGGGCGGCUCGGGACUGACGCCCGCCGCUCGCCGACGGACACAAAACGGCCCGACGACAGGACUAACCGAUCGGGCGCCAGACGCGGGCUCAACUUCCUCAGCCUGUCGGGAUGCUACCAGGUCACGGACGUGGGACUCGGGGCCCUGUCGGAGGUCGGAGGUCUCCCGGUUCUGGAGCACCUCAACCUGUCGGGCUGCCUCUCGGUGACGGGGGCGGGCCUUCGCCGGCUGGUGUCGGCCUGCCCCGCCCUCAACGACGAACACUUCUACUACUGCGACAACAUCAACGGUCCAAACGCAGACACGGCGAGCGGAUGCCAGAACCUGCAGUGCGGAUUUCGGGCGUGCUGUCGCUCCGGAGAAUGAAACGACCCCCCCCC